CUGACGGUGUUGAUUCCGUUUCUACAGUCUAUGGUUGAUUCACAAGCUGCAACAUUUUUGUUGGAAAAAUAUAUUUUAAAAUUAAAAUACAAUUAAAGGAACGAAUGUGCUUCAGAAAACGAAACUGCUACCGCACUCCAGAUCACUUUAGUGCAAGAAUUUACACAGGCCCUGUUCCAUCAGAGCAGGACACUGUGAUGGUGCAGAGUGCAGCUCCGCCCCUGUAUGCGUCCCCCCCCCUGGCCCCGCCCACGCAGCGCCCCAGCUCCUGCUGCUUCUGCUGGUGCUGCUGCUGCAGCUGCUCCUGGUACGGCCUGCAGCCUCGACGGGCCUGCUGCAGGAGUGAAGAAGGCCGCAGAGUCAGGAGGAAGAGAUGGGAGACAAAGCUGGAGACCCUCAGUAACUGCUCCAAGCCCUCGGCGGAGGAGAUGCGGCAGUGGGCGGAGGCGUUCGAGUGCCUGAUGCGGAACCCGGCGGGCCGAAACCUGUUCCGCGAGUUCCUGCGCACGGAGUACAGCGAGGACAACAUGCUGUUCUGGCUGGCCUGCGAGGACCUCCGGCAGGAGCCCAGCGCCGCGGCCGUCCAGGAAAAGGCCCGACUCAUUUACGACAACUACGUCUCCAUACUGUCCCCGAAAGAGGUGAGUCUGGAUUCCCGGGUACGGGAGGUGAUAAACCAGAGGAUCCAGGAGCCCACGGCCCACACCUUUGACGAGGCCCAGAUGCAGAUCUACACCCUCAUGCACAGAGACUCUUACCCCAGAUUCAUCAACUCCUCCGUAUACAGGUCCCUCCUGCGGAACGGCUCCUGCUCUUCCUCCCUGUCGUAGGGCUGGCUGUGUUUCCCGGGCCUCAC